AUGUCCAAAUCAGCAGCCAAAAAGAUAGUUGUCUGCGGCGGCAACGGCUUCCUGGGCUCGCGGAUCUGCAAGUUCGCAGUAGCAAGGGGUUGGGAUGUCACAUCCAUCAGCCGCUCUGGCGAGCCAAAAUGGUCCGCCGUCACAGCCUCCUUAACGCCCCCAUCAUGGGCACACAAGGUCUCAUGGGAGUCGGCAGACAUCUUCCAGCCCACAGCAUACGCCCCACUUCUCAAGGGCGCAGACUACAUCGUCCACUCCAUGGGCAUCCUCCUCGAGGCAGACUACAAGGGCGUCGUGUCCGGCAAGGAGUCGCCCAUCGCAGGGCUGCGCAAGGCCUUCGACUCGACCCGGAGCAGCCCGAACCCCCUGGAGCGCGACGGCGGCGACAGCAAAAGCAGCAACUACAAGCCGCCCGAGAACGAGAAGCAGCUCACGUACGAGAACAUGAACCGCGACUCGGCGGUCCUGGUGGCGCGCGCCGCCGCCGACGGCGCAGGCGGUGACGCGUCCGCCGCCCCGGCCCCGGCCUUCCUGUACGUCAGCGCGGCAGGUGGCGCCCCCGUGCUGCCGCGGCGGUACAUCGACACCAAGCGCGAGGCCGAGUCGCUGAUCGCCAGCGGGUUCCCCCGGAUGCGCGGCAUCUUCCUGCGCCCGCCGUUCCUGUACGACAGCAGCCGGCCCUUCACCAUCCCCAUGGCCGCCAUGACGGGCGUGGGCGCGCUGUUCAACGGGCUGACGCGGGGGGUGCUGGACGGGUUCAUGGGCGCCGCGGGGGCGAAGCCGCUCAAGGUCGAUGUCGUUGCGCAGGCGGCUGUGGAGGCGCUGAGUGACGAGGGUGUGAGGGGGCCGGUUGAGGUGCCUGAGAUUGAGGAGCUUGCGAAUAAGGGGUGGAGGAAGGACAUGUUGUAG